AUGUCUCGACUUUACGUUCCACCUGAUUACGACCACAGAUUUGAACUUGCUACACGACUCACUUACAUAAAACUUGUUUUUGAUACUUUUUUUGGAUUGAAAGUUUGGCUCAUUUGGGUCAAUUGUGAUGCUCAAUUAAAUGUGAUUAAAAAUAGCAAAAAAAAAUCCUUGAGAAAUUCUGAACUUAUAACUUAA